UGGGGGAUUAAAUAACAGUUCAUUUAUUUGGUAAACUUUCUUACAGGAGAAAACUUGAAUUAUUGAAGCAAGAUUAAUCUCGGUCAGAAGUAGUGUUAACUGGGAAGAAAAAAUUGAGUCUCAAUAUUACAGCAAUUCUUUAUUGUGAACAUCCUUAAACUAAACAAUAUGACGCACGAGAAGACUUUCAUCAUGGUUAAGCCCGAUGGUGUGCAGAGGAAACUAGUGGGAGAGAUCAUCGCUAGAUUCGAGAAGCGAGGCUUCAAACUGGUCGCCAUGAAGAUGAUGAAGGCUGAUGGACCCCUGCUGGAACAGCACUACGGGGAUUUGAAGGGAAAGGCCUUCUUCGCCGGGUUGGUCAACUUCGUAUCAAGUGGACCAGUCGUAGCCAUGGUCUGGGAAGGUAAAGACGUCAUCAAGCAAGGUAGAGUAAUGCUGGGUGAGACCAACCCUCUGGCUUCACUCCCUGGAUCUAUCCGAGGAGACUUCUCGAUCGACAUCGGCAGAAACAUCAUCCACGGUAGCGACUCCGCAGACAGUGCAGCCAAGGAAAUCGCCCUCUGGUUCAAGGAGGGAGUAGUCUCGUGGGACUGCGGAGAAGACAAAUACAUCUACGAAUAAAGUCUGAGAGGAGAGUGAAAACUUCUGUACACGACAGUGAACAAUUAUAUUGCACCUGCACAACAGUUCAUUCCCCUCACGCUUUCUUCGCGUGAUCAUUUUGGGUCAUCUGAGACGAAUAUUUAACAACCAACCACCCUUAGUUACGGGAAAUGUGAAGUAGGAUUGAUUGAUAUGAAAUUAUAUUUUGAUCAUAAUGAUGCUUGCUGUAAUACUGAUCUGAUCACUGAGUGAUUAACUAAUAAAAAAUAUCAAUAUGCUUUU